AUGCCGUCUGAGGAUCGUGCCGCACUGGUGGCCCUGUUUCGGUCUACCGGCGGGACUCUUUGGAAGCAUAACGCCUACUGGGACACAGAUGCUAAACUCUCGCAAUGGUACGGAGUUUACGUCAACCAGGAUGGCCGUGUGAAGGAGCUGAGGCUGUCCAGAAACAACCUCAAAGGUAUCUUGAUCCUACUCCGAACUUUUCUGAGUAUGCCUGCUGCCCUCUUGACGGUGUGCCUGGCCUUUGUCCAGAGCCCAUCGCACCACAAGUGGUUCAUUGAAUUGAAAGUAUUGGUUUCGAGUAUCCUAUGGCUGAUACGCAGGAGGUUGAUUGUGCCCAGCUACGCUUCGACCGAUAACAUAAACAUUGGACAGGCACAACCCGUCCCCACAAAGAGGUUUCGUCCUAUCCCUGGUGCGCUUGGAGCUCUCAAGGAGCUAUUAUAUCUUCGUUUGAGCGGUAACAAGUUCACGGGUUCAAUCCCGGCACGGCUCGGAUCAUUGCAGAAACUGCAACGACUUUGGCUCAACGACAACCAGCUGGCCGGGCCUAUUCCUGAAGCCCUUGGAGCGCUUACGGAGCUGACGAAUCUUUUGUUAAGCUACAACAAGCUCACGGCAGAGCAUGGUUGUUUUAGGAUAG